ACCCUCUCAUUUUAGCUAUAAAUGUACAUCAACCAAAGGUUUGCCUUGGACAUAUGCUUUAGAUCCUAUCAAGUAGGGAUAUAGAGAAAUAAGAAGAAAGAUAUUACCACCUCAGACGUUAGAGAAAGAAAGGAAAACGACCUAUUUUCCUUUAGAGCUCAAGAGGCUAUAGAAAAUUAGAAAGACAAGCAUAAAGGCGGUGAAAUAAAAGAGAGAGACAGGAAGGAGACAUGGGAAGACCACCUUGUUGUGACAAAGAAGGAGUCAAGAAAGGGCCUUGGACUCCUGAAGAAGACAUCAUUUUGGUGUCUUAUAUACAGGAGCAUGGUCCUGGCAAUUGGAGGACAGUUCCUACCAAGACAGGGUUGUCAAGAUGCAGUAAGAGUUGUAGACUUAGAUGGACAAAUUACCUGCGCCCAGGAAUCAAACGUGGUAACUUCACAGAACAGGAGGAGAAGAUGAUUAUCCACCUUCAAGAUCUUUUAGGGAACAGAUGGGCUGCAAUAGCUUCAUACCUUCCACAGAGAACGGAUAAUGACAUAAAGAACUAUUGGAACACCCAUUUAAGAAAGAAGUUGAAAAAGUUGCAAACAGGUUGUGAAGGUAGCUUGGGAGAUUCGUUUUCAGGAUCAAGGCAAAUUCCUAGGGGCCAGUGGGAAAGAAGGCUCCAAACUGAUAUCCAAAUGGCAAAGAGAGCUCUCAGUGAAGCUCUUUCCCCAGAGAAGCCAUCUUGUUUAUCUGGAUCAAACUCAAACCCUUCAGAGAGUAGCAGUUCCUUCUCUUCCACCAAACCAUCUCAAUCAUUGUGCUAUGCUUCCAGUGCUGAGAACAUAGCUCGUAUGUUGAAGGGUUGGAUGAAAAACCCUCCAAAGUCCUCAAGAACUAACUCAUCUGUUACUCAGAACUCCUUCAACAACUUAGUCGCAGCUGGUGCUGAUACUGCUUCUAGUGGAGCAAAGGGACCCAACAGUGUUGAAUUGUCUCAGAAUUUUGAAUCCCUGUUUGAGUUUCAUCAGUCUUUUGAUUCCUCAAACUCUGAUGAAUUGUCUCAGUCGUUUUCUCCCGAAGAAAAUAAGCCUGAUAUUGGUGCAGAAAUAAUGCCCUUCUCUUUGCUUGAGAAAUGGCUUCUUGAUGAGGCUGCUUGCCAAGAGAAAGUUGGUUGUGCUGAUGCCAAGUUUUUCUAAAUUGCUUCAUUCUGUAACAUUCAAAACUUUAUUUUUUCAAUUCUCAUGUUAACACCACCAUCGAUCUCGCUUUGGCUCUACCGAGAUGUUUUUCAAGCCUUGGGUGCUAAAAGUGUAUAUUUGAUUAUUCA